AUGACAUGGUCCGCAAGGAACUCCCGGGUUGGCUUAUCAAAGCAAUCUGGUCCUUCUUGUCCGAUCGCCGUACCUACAUCCACAUGCCUGGUUACGAGGGUCCUGAAUACUGGAUCGACGUUGGUCUCCCUCAGGGAAGUCCACUUUCCUACAGCCAUCCGCUUCCUGCAAUCCAUAUCCAAGGCCGCACGCGAUAAUAUUCGGAAGAUCUUAUUGCUUGAGGACCGCGAAUCCGUUGCCUCUCCUGAGAGUCACGGUAGAGGGUUCAUCGAGAUCUGCCAAGCUCAUCCACAACUCAAAGUUGAGCGCGUCAUCAACCUUUGGAGAAAUGUAUUUCCCGUAUCACAUAAAGCAAGGGCCGACUACUUGCUAGCUACCCGCCAUCUGGACGCGGGAUUCAUGAGCCCUGAUCGUUGUCCCGCUGACCUCAUUACUCAUGCGGUGGGCGCAUGGAGCAAGGAAGCUACAGUUCUGCCUUCGCUCGACAUGCCGCAUGGCUUCUAUACUCUCGUCCUUGACGGCGAACCCGUGUCUGAACACACCUCGCAUGUGUUCCGCAUUGUCCAACGCGAUGUCGCCUGGCAAGCCACUCUCGAAAUCUGCUAUGCUCGUAAACUCCUACCGCAACCUUCCUGGCUCGACUGGCGACUUCACACUAGCGGCUUCACCUUCGAAGGGCUUCCUGAGGCAGUUCACGCUCUUACGAUGAAUAGCCCUCUCGUCAGAACGAAUUUUUCCCUUCACACACCUUACGACGUUGAGCAGUUGCUGCGAGAGCACGAAGGGUGGACAGCAAAAGACUGGGAAGUUGGUUGGGCAUCACACGAGCCGCGCGAGUUCCAAACGGAAGCGCCGCUACCUCCCUGGCACCUCCUUCGAUGGCAGCAUGUCAUCGGUUGA